GACUCGGCGCAUGCGCAAAGGGUAGAAAUAGUUGGUCAAAUGCAAAUUUAAGAUGAGGGCAAUACCGACCUGGGUGGAUAAAGUCCAAGAUAGGGACAGAGUUGAACAAUGUAUUCAUGAUCUUGCAUUCAAGCCUGAUGGAACCCAACUUAUUGUUGCUGCUGGUAAUAGAGUAUUGGUGUAUGACACCAAUGAUGGCACACUUAUGCAACCCCUGAAAGGCCACAAAGAUACAGUGUAUGCUGUGGCUUAUGCUAAGGAUGGUAAGAGGUUUGCGUCAGGGUCAGCCGACAAGACGGUCAUCAUCUGGACAGCCAAACUAGAAGGAAUCCUUAAAUACACACACAAUGAUGCAAUCCAGUGCCUUGGGUUCAACCCCAUCACUCACCAGCUGGCUAGCUGUGCAUUCAGUGACUUUGGAUUAUGGUCCAUGGAGCAAAAAUCUGUAUCCAAACACAAGGUGACAAGUCGCAUCACAUGCUGCUCCUGGACGAAUGAUGGCCAAUACCUAGCUCUAGGACUGUACAACGGAUGUAUCAUUAUCAGAACAAAGAAUGGUGAAGAGAAGCUCAAGAUUGAGAGGCCUGGUGGUGGUCUGAGUCCUAUCUGGAGUUUACAAUGGAAUCCAUCAAAGGAGGAAUCUACCGACAAUCUAGCUGUCCUGGAUUGGGGCCAAAAGCUGUCUUUCUACAAUAUCUCUGGAUCACAGAUCAGCAAGGAUCGUAAUUUGAACUAUGACCCCUGCUGUCUGAGCUACUUCUCUCGAGGAGAGUACUUGAUCAUCGGAGGGGCAAACAAACAGGUGACCCUUCACACCAAGGAUGGGGUGCAGCUUGGGGUCGUUGGGGAGCAGAACUCAUGGGUGUGGUGUGCCAAGGUCAGACCAGACCAGAAUCAUGUGGCUGUUGGUUGCCAAGAUGGAACCAUCGCUCACUACCAACUCAUCUUCAGCACAGUCCACGGUCUCUACAGGGAUCGCUAUGCCUUCCGGGAGAACAUGACUGACAUCAUCAUUCAGCAUCUCCUCACUGACCAGAAGGUCCGCAUCAAGUGCCGCGACUUGGUCAAGAAGAUUGCCAUCUUCAAGAAUCGUCUUGCAGUGCAGUUAUCAGACCGGAUUGUAGUCUAUGAGCAGUACUCUGAUGAUGCCUCUGACAUGCACUACAGAGUCAAAGAGAAGAUCAAUAAGAAGUUUGAUUGUAACCUUCUCGUUGUUUGUGCUGAACACAUUAUCCUGUGCCAGGAGCGUCGUUUGACGAGUUUGACCUUCAAAGGUGUGAAGGACAGAGAAUGGGUAAUGGAGGCUUUGAUCAGGUACAUUAAAGUGAUUGGUGGCGCUGAAGGCAGAGAGGGUCUACUGGUUGGUCUUAAGAACGGCCAGAUCUUCAAGGUUUUUGUGGACAACCCUUUCCCCAUCCUGAUCCUGAAGCAGCAGACGUCCGUCAGAUGUCUGGACAUCAGCUCGUCUCGCAAGAAACUAGCCGUGGUCGAUGAACACAACACCUGCAUGGUCUAUGAUAUCAAUACUAAAGAACUUCUCUUCCAGGAGCCAAACGCCAACAGCGUAGCCUGGAACACCCAGUACGAGGACAUGCUAUGCUUCUCCGGGAACGGAACCCUAAACAUCAAGGCUAGUACCUUCCCUGUCAAGCAACAGAAGCUCCAGGGUUUCGUGGUCGGGUUCACUGGGUCUAAGAUCUUCUGUUUGCACAUCUAUGCCAUGACCACUGUAGAGGUACCCCAGUCCUCUGGCAUGUAUCAGUACCUGGAACGCAAGCAAUUCAAAGAUGCAUACAAAGUGGCGUGCCUAGGAGUGACAGUCAAGGACUGGACUGCCCUCGCCCAUGAUGCUAUACAAGGCCUGGACUUUGAUACUGCCAAGAAGGCUUUUACAAGGGUUAGAGACCUACGCUAUCUGGAACUUAUACACAGCAUAGAGGAGCGUAAGCGUCGUGGGGAGGUGGACGAUCAGCUGUUCUUGGCUGACAUCUAUGCCUACCAGGGCAAGUUUGGUGAAGCAGCCAAACUGUACAAGAGAGCUGGCCAGGAGCAGAGAGCUAUGAACAUGUACACGGACCUGCGUAUGUUUGACCAUGCCAAGGAAUUCAUUGGAUCUGGUGACCCCCAGGACAAGAAGCUGUUAAUCACUAAGCAAGCUGACUGGGCUAAGAACAUCAAUGAACCUAGAGCUGCUGCUGAGAUGUAUCUAUCAGCUGGAGAACAUCUCAAGGCCAUAGAGAUCAUAGGAGACCAUGGAUGGGCUGACAUGCUCAUUGAUGUUGCUCGGAAGUUGGACAAGGCAGAAAGGGAGCCCCUUGGGAAGUGCGCCCAGUACUUCAAGAAGAUGGAGCAGUUUGCCUACGCUGCUGAGACUUACACCAAGAUGGGUGACACUAAGAACCUUGUCAUGCUUCAUGUAGAGUCUCGUCACUGGGAUGCUGCCUUCAGGCUGGUGGACAAACAUCCAGAGUUCAAGGAUGAUGUCUACGUCCCAUAUGCUCAAUGGCUAGCAGAGAAUGACAGAUUUGAGGAAGCACAGAGAGCAUUCCACAAGGCCGGUCGACAAGACGAGGCUGUCAGAGUGUUGGAACAGCUUACCCACAAUGCAGUUCUGGAGAGUCGGUUCAACGAUGCAGGAUACUACUUCUGGAUGCUGUCCAUGCAGUGCUUGGACAUAGCAGGAGCUGACACAGACAAGAGACGAGACAUGCUAAGCAAGUUCCAGGAGUUCCAAGCUAAGGCUGAAAUGUACUACGUCUAUCAUUCCAUCCAGCGCUACACCGAUGAACCGUUCACUUCUCAUCUCCCAGAUGCUCUGUUUAACAUGUCUCGAUACCUGUGGCAUGCCAUUCUCAACGACAUACCACAUGGCAUCAGCAAAGUGAACACCCUGUAUGCCCUGGCCAAGCAGAGCCGUAACCUAGGGGCCUUCAAGCUGGCUCGAUUUGCCUUUGAGAAGCUGCAGUCUUUGAGGAUUCCUCUGAGGUUCCAGGAAUCCAUUGACCUUGGCAGUAUCACCAUCAGGUCCAAGCCAUUCCAUGAUGCUGAGGAUGUUCUACCGAUGUGUUAUCGCUGCUCUACCACUAACCCCCUACUCAACAACCAAGGGAAUCAAUGUAUCAACUGCAGUCAGCCAUUCGUCCACUCCUUUGCAUCCUUUGAGGUGCUCCCUCUGGUAGAGUUCCACCUGGAGGAGGGGAUCCCUGAUGAGGAGGCAGUCCAGCUGAUCCAGGUGGAGCCACUCAGGAAGGGCCGAGGUGGAGCUGAUAAAUGGAAUGAAUCUAACACAGGCAACGUCCAGUCCAUGAGGCUGGAUGAGUAUGGAGGCAAUGAUUCAGAUGACGUUCAGGAAGACCCAUUCACUGCUCGACUGCUCAGCUUUGAGCAAGGAGGAAACGAGUUUGUUCCGGUGGUGGUCAAUCGAGCAGUCUUGAAGACUCUUGACCGGAGUCAUGUGGUGGUCAAGAGAUGGCCAGCUCCUCUACGCUAUCAGUACUUCAAGUCCAUCAUGCCUGAUGUAUCGGUCACUGUAUGUGCUUCAUGUAACCAGCUGUUUCACACUGAUGAGUAUGAGAUCCAAGUCCUUCAGAAGAAUCACUGUCCAUUCUGCCGCAAGGCUGUACCAGAAGCUACAGAAACCUGAAUCUGAUCAUCAUUGAUACCGUCCACUUGUAUCAGUAUCAACAGACACUAGCAGGCUCUAAUAUUCUACAGCCUUGUUUACACCUAAUGCAGAGAAGUAGCAUUACUAAACAUUUCUGCAUCUUGUAUAACACACUUAAAGUAGGUCCGCCUCUGGCCCUUUGUUGCACUCUGCUGCCUAUUUCAUCUCCAUCUGCCUUCCAUUUAUUUUGUAUUGGUAAAAUUAAAAAGAAAAUGUAGGUAGUUUACAUGUGUAAACAAGGUCUUAUAUGUCUGUUCACUGCUCAAGGAAGCUACAUUUAUUCUACAGCUAUCAUCAUGAUGAUUUGACCACAACACCGUUUCUAUAUAUAUAGUUCCAUUGCCUUGAGUUUGUUCUAAUUUCUCCAAAGGUCCAAAACUCUUUUUUCAAAGUGCUCUUCUAUUUAUUUUAAUUUUUCUUGUUUAUUUAAUUUUAAUUUUUACUUUU